UUCUUUCAACAUCAACUAAUUUAUAGCACCCAAGAAAUCAAACAAGUUUCUUCCUCUUUUAGCUGACGCCUUAGUUUUUUUUGUUUGAUUCAUCUUUUCCUUAACUUUGAUUCUUUAUUUUAACAUUAUUCCAUUUCUUGAAACUUUUCUUAUAAAUUUCCACAAAAAGAUAUGAUCCAUUUAUGAAACCAAUCACUUUGUUUUCUUGUUAUUUGGGUUUUUUUCUUGAUUUGGGUUACUGUUGAAAAAAGGCAGUGAAUCAAAAAAGUCUAUUUUUUGAGAUUUUCUUGGAUUUGGGUCUUGGAAAAAUUGAGUCUUUUAUUCAUCUAAAGCAUUUGAUCUGUUGAUUGUUCUUUGAAGUGGGAAUUUGAUUUGUGUUGUGGUGGAUUAAUGAGAGUUUGAAGUUGGAUUAAUCAUUGUGAGAGGUUGUAUUGUUUAAAUGGCUUUAAAAGAGUUGAUUGAGAUCAAAUUCAGGCUUGCUGAUGGAAGUGAUAUUGGACCCAACAAGUAUAUGGCAAGCACCACAGUGGCUACUCUUAAAGAAAAGAUAAUUGCACAGUGGCCUAAAGAUAAAGAUUCUGGGCCGAAGACAAUAAAUGAUGUGAAGCUUAUUAAUGCUGGAAGGAUACUUGAGAACAAUAAAACACUUGAUGAAUCUAGACUCCCAGUUGCUGAAGUUGCAGGAGGUGUCAUCACUAUGCAUGUUGUUGUACGCCCACCUAUGAAUGAGAAAGCCCGUGCUAAACAGCAGGACGAUUCCCUAAGGAAAGACGGGUGUGCAUGCACAAUUUUGUAAUCUGUCUGACCAGAUAACAGAAUUACUCCAGUUUAGUAAUAUCCCAUAGCUCAUGGAUUUUUCAGUAGCGGAUCGUUGGUUGCUUGAAGAAGUAUAUUGAACGUUAGUGGAGUCCAAGAAGAUAUGAAAUGACAAAAUUUGGAAGUUCAAUUAUCAUUCAAGGUCUUUGCUUUUACUUUUAGAUUUCAGCUUUGUAAGCUUUCUCUAAGGCAAAAAAGGAUUGGUGCAUUGUUGUGUAGGGAACUUCUUUGGAAAGUAUGAAAAUUUCUUUCUUUUUAGGGUGGGUGCAUUGGGGUUAAACAAGGGAACAAGAAGAACAAAAGAAUUGUUGAAGAUUAUAGUUGGUUUGAUUUCGUUUCAUUUGCAAUCCUAUAGUUACUAUGAAGAACUUUCUUCUGUUA